CGCAAACAAGCGGCGGCCUUGCCCAGGCGAUUUUCUUGUUCCGACGGGCGACUCGUCCAUCUCCCGUGCGCCUCCUCCUCGGCCUCGCAGACGGCGACAGCGCCCGCGCCGCCUCCCUCUCGCCAGCAGCGGCGACGGCGGCUGCCUCUCCAAGCCCCCAGGCAGACCACUGUCUUUUGGUUCCUCCAUUCUUCACCCGGCACUUCGGCUCGUAGUUUCAGUAGUCAAGAUGUCACAAACGAAGGAAGUGAGAUACACUGCACGGUCUAUUACACCUCCUGCAGAUAGAAAUGGAACUUCAAGCUCACCUCCUCCAAAGAGACGCAGCCCUUCAAGGUCGCCUCCUCCAAAGAGUACCUCAAGAUCUCCACGUCCAAGAAGUCCUAAGCGGCGGAGCACCUCAAGGUCACCUCCUCCUAGGAGACGUGGUAGAUCGAGGUCAAGGUCAAGGGAUAGGAGUCGAUCCAGGAGCGAAGAUGAUAGAAAUCCAGGAAAUAACCUUUAUGUGACUGGAUUGUCUACUCGUGUAACUGAAGAUGAGCUUGAGAAGUUUUUUAGUAAAGAAGGAAAGGUUAAAAACUGUCAUGUUGUUCUUGAUCCUCGUACAAAAGAAUCCCGUGGCUUUGCCUUUGUGACUAUGGAUACUGUUGAAGAUGCAAGACGCUGCAUCAAGUACCUGCACCGCACUGUACUUGAAGGUCGUCUGGUCACUGUAGAGAAGGCGAAAAGGACUCGAGAAAGGACCCCUACUCCUGGAAAAUACUGUGGUCGAAGAGGAGGAUCUCAAAGGCGCUCUAGGAGCCCAUCGCCAUACCCUUCUCGCAGAAGGGAGCGAUCCCGUUCAAGGGAUCGGAAAAGGGAGCGGUCUCGCUCAAGGGAUCGGAGGGAACGAUCUCGCUCAAGGGACCGCCGGAGGGAAAGGUCUCGCUCAAGGGACAGAAGGGAACCUUCUCGCUCAAGGGACCGCAGGAGGGAGCGCUCGCGCUCAAGGGACCGCAGGAGGCGCGGAGAUCGGUCCAGGUCACUAGCAGGCAAUGGGAACCAUAAGACGGACUAGAAAGCACUUACCUUGUGAUGAACCAUUUGUCUUCGGGCUCAUCGUGACUGCGUGAGCAAUUGAACCCGUGAUGCUACCUUUAAGGUUGUCAGUGUGUCAGACUGUGAGACGUUAGCAUGGAGUUGUAGCUGCGUUUCUGUGUUGUUUGUUUGUUUUCCCUGUUCCCAUGGUAUCUUUUGGAUCAGAUAAUACUGUUGUAUGGUUAGGGCAUUGUUCUGGAAGCAUUUGCAUACACUCCAUAAUUGCUAAGAUGUACUUAGAAGUUUGCUUAA